UUAUUUAAAGUCAUAUAUCCUUUUCCCUUUACAUAAGAGUAAAAAUAUAAAGGAAAAUUUGAGGAAUCCAAAAUUGUAAGUAAGAAUCGAAUUAAGCCAAGAUAAUGGAAGAACUUGUAGACCUGGAAGAACCUUAUCUGUAUAUGAUUGGCAUACCGGCUGGUCUUCGCGUGCACUGGGCCUACGUAGUAGAUUUUCUACAUCCAGAAGAGAAUCUUCAACAAAUCAACGAACCAAAUGAGGAAUUAGUGCCCCCCUCACAACGGCAAUCCCGAGAAGACACUACGGACUUGGAAGUGGCGCCCUUACCUGAAGCGCCGAGCAUUGACCUAUCUGCUGCUGGCGAUGGACACCACGUCAUUCCCCAGAUUGCUGAUAACGAAGAGCCGAUUGUGAUUAUCUUUCUGCCCAGAAUAAUGUCAUUACCAUGGUCCAGUUUAAAGCGUCUGAAGCCGGUGAUCAUUGCGGCCUCAAAUAUUCUCUUCAGAAAGAUACUGUCCCAUUUUGGAAUCGAUUUAAGUCAAGUCUUUGCCCUCGGCUUGUCAUACAAUACUCAUUUAACAAUAUUUCACUGCCUUAUGGAAUACCUUACAUCCUGGUUAACUGGAUAACAUAAUUUUUCUUUUAAAGUGCGCAUUCAAAUAAAAAUGGCAUAAUUU